AAUAAGGGUUAUAAAUAAAUAUGACAUAACGAGGGCUUUGGUUUUAAUAGUUUCAGUUGAUUAUUUGAAGACAACAAUACACUCUGGACUGGAUUGAUGAGUUUGACAUAUGUGCUCUCGUACUGUACAAGCGGGCUGCUGACUUUGUGCUGUAUUCAGAUGUUGUGAACUACAUCAUUCCUUGGACCAUUUGGUACACUGUAAGAAUCCACUUUCGUGAUUAUAGCGCCCUCGGGUGGCAGCGCUCAGUCACUGCUGCAGUUGUGGACUGAUAUUCAAGCAUGCUAACAUGAUACAAAGGAACAGAUGACCGUGCGAUGUAUUGUGAAAUGGACAAACAGCAACAAGACAAACACACGUCCGUCUGUUUGAGUAUGUUUAAAAUCUGUUCUGAAGGGCAACAUUCCAUGGCUUACGGUUGUUGAACAUCUUCGCCGGCCCCUCUGAUUGAGCAUUGCUGUCAGGCUCCUGCAUCAAUCUGUGCCACAGAAGCAAGUCAUUACGUUGGGACGGUGGUGACGGUCAGUAGCAGGAGGAUGGCAUCACCGUUUGUGCCAGUACCUAUACCCUUGGACAGAGUCUCAUCAAGUGUUAGUAACAAGCUAAAAAGGCCACCGCGAGCUUCCUCGCUGGGAAGUGUCUCCAGCAGCUCAGAAUUGUCAUCCCCAAUAACCAGGUCAGCUGUGGACGAGCAUGGAAGAUGUAGAAGUUCCCAGUUUCAGUCCCGUUGCACGGACAGAAGCAGUCGAAGCCAGACGCCACCGCCUCAACGCAGCCCUGUCAUGCAUACCAGAGGAAAUGGGACUUUUGAGCCCUCAGUGGAGUAUUCAAGUUGCCCCCGCUCUAUAUCGGCUCCUAUAGCGAGCCAGCAAGGAGGAGGAGGAGAGAGGCCUAUCACCCCAACGGUGCUUGGAUAUGAAGUCAUGGAGGAGAGAGCAAAGUUUACGGUGUAUAAGGUCCUAGUCAGGAAAACCACCGAUGAGAGCUGGGUUGUUUUCAGGAGGUAUGCAGACUUUUCCAGACUCAACGACAAGUUAAAAGAGAUUUUUCCGGGCUUUCGGCUUGCGUUGCCUCCUAAACGGUGGUUUAAAGACAACUAUGACAGCGACUUCCUGGAAGACAGGCAGUUGGGACUUCAGGCCUUUUUGCAAAACUUAGUUGCACACAAGGACAUUGCCAACUGCCAAUCAGUGAGAGAGUUUUUAUGUCUGGAUGAGCCGCCAGGGCCCUUCGAUAGUUUGGAAGAGAGCAGGGCUUUCUGUGAGACUCUAGAAGAAAGCAACUACCGUCUGCAGAAGGAACUGCUGGAGAAGCAACAGGAGAUUGCCUCGCUCAAGAGGAGCCUUCAGGAGAAAGAGCAGGCCAUUCUGCUUAUGGAAAAGCAUAUCAAUGGUGAGUGUGGGAUGCCCCAGUCUCCAUGCGGUCUGUCAACUCAGGGCAGUGAGAGCAGUGCAGAUGCAGAUGUGGAAUCCUCAUCUGCUGCAGAAGCUGAUCAGGACAUCCCAAACGAACCGGGCGGCACAUGUGAGAUGCACCUGGGGCGAUCCUCUGCCUGUUGGUGUGGGCCGUCAAUCAGCACCUCUCCUCCAAUCAUCCAGGUCACCCAGCUCGACCGACAGAAGAUGGAUAGUUAAAAACACUGGUCUUCCUUCUUGUCUUCCUCUCCCACUAUACCACUCGAGCUAUGUCCAUCAGGUUCUUUUCUUCCGAAGCUGUGUAUUUCCUUUCUUCAGUCAGAUGUUCCUUUUCCCCCUAUCCCUUACAUGAUAGGGUUUGGGUGGAUGCAGGAUUUUGUUUAAAAACUAUGACGAGGAUUAGGUUACUAUUAUGAAAUAUUAUAAAAAGGACUGCCCGGUUCUGCCACAGCUUGUUUCCAUUAUUCCAAUAUGGUCUGCUUUUGAUGGGUCACGGGAUCCUACUUCUGAUACUGAGAUAAGAAAUUCUGAAGGCUGUAUAAUGUUCUAUUACAAAAACAUUUGAAAUCACUUAACAUUUCACGACUUAAAUACCUUCCCCAUUGACUUUUAAGAUGCCUACUUUAUAUUUUAUCCAUCCUGCUGACUCAAAGCCAAAGUUUGGCUUCCUGACCAAAAAAAAAAAACUCGAAGUCUUUUAUAGCAAUUGUCCCACUUUGUAUCUCAACUUGAAUUAUCUAAUCAGAUGAGGCAAACUUCUGAUAAAAAGCCCUCUCCGUAAAGCAGACAAACAUGCCCAUAUAAAAUGUGAAUAUGAGAAUGGGUAACAUAUUUAUUUUAGUACUUGCACGUACUUCCCUGCCAUUGCUUUGCACUGCCAUUAAAAGUAUAGACAGACCUCCCUGCUUGGGAAGCACCACUGUGUUAACUUCACUUAAGUCACACUUAUUGAUAGCUAUUGGGAGAAGAAAUUGUAAGUGAAGUACCGGUAAAUGCAACUGGAAGCACUGAUUGUUACAGUAGUUUGCAAUCACGAAUUGGUCAGGUAUGGGAAAUUUUAGACCACCUGAACCACCGUAAUGAUCAUCAAAACACUUGAGGAUUUUUCACUAGGGCACAGUCUGCUUGUGGUUAGCACAUCUGCCUCACAGUUUUUUCAGUUCAUGUUAAGUUGAUCGAAGACUAAAUUGUGCAUAGGUGUGAAUGUUAGCUUGUUUUCGUGUGCGCUGUGAUUGGCUAGCGACCAGUCCAGGGUGUAACCUGCCUCUCACCCAAAGUCAGCUGGGAUAGGUUCCAGCUCUCCAGUCAACCUAAUGAGGGCAAGCAGUAUGGAAUGGGAAUGAUGGAUGAAUUUUUACUCUGUUCAUUGGUAAAGUGAAACUGCAGUUUUUUUUUUCCCUUAUAUGGUAUUUAUAACCCUGCUGCUGUUACUAAAAAAAUAAAUAAAUAACAACACAUGCACAUAAUACUUUAUCUCUUGCUGGCUUCACAUGCAUUAUAACCGAAAUUAUGAAUCAUGCAUGUACUAAAUACCAGCACGUUCUUGGUAGAGUUAGUGGUAGACCAAGUAAUGCAGGCAAAUGCAUCACAAGAACAUUACGUCCUAAAAACCAAAGUUGCAGGAAUAUGGUUUUGAGAAAUUAAAUGCAAAGAAAUGCGAAUUUGCUUUCCUCAUGUCUCUGUCCCAUUCCACGGUUUCACACGCUCUCAUAUGUUAUGGAAUCCGGAACAUAUAGACAGAUAAAGUGCAAAAAAUGUUUACAAAACUUUACCUCCCCUGGCAAUGUGCUUCCUAAAAGGUAGUUGGCCAUGUAUAACCGUAAUGUCUGCUCGCAUACUGUGAUGGGUAUAGAUAUUAUAUUUGGGAUGAAAGACAGUGACGGAUAAUGGCUGUCACGUUGACACAUUCUUAGUUUUAUUUAUUCUUGGUGGUUGACAUUAGCUGCAAACAUAUUGAAAAAAAACACUUUUCACCAUUGUUGACCUUUUAUCAAUGCUAAGAUUGUCGCAUCCUUAAAAGCCAUAUUUUUUUAAAUACAAUUGAUCUUUGAGCGGAAUGAGUGUAGGCUAGCUGUUGUUUUGUAGGUAUAUGACUCUUCUAAAUAUACCUCGGAACCAGUGGUUUGAAGCACUUUAUGGAUAAAUGCGAACGCUGAAUAAAUAAUAGUUGCUUUGAUGUGCUUUUAGUACUAGGAUCUAUUGCUCUGAGACAAGAGACAUGCCUAUCCGCUUACAGAACAUUUUAUUCUGAACUGUAUCUAAAUUGACAUUCAUAUCAGUAAGGUUUGUUGUGUUGUGUGUCGUUGUUACUUGCUUAUUUGUAUUAUAAUGAAGUGCCUUUAACACUUUCACAUAACAUUUGAUUUUGGUGGGUUGUUGUAGCUUUAUAUGUAUUAUUUUAAACCACCCUGUUCUAUGAAAGGAAAUCAUGUUUUAAAUAACACCUAUGUAUAUGCCACUGCUUUGAAUAGACUGGGCAGAGAUAUUUAUAUAAUAGUCCGUAUGUUAACUUACUCACAUUUCAAUAUUUGGUGUGUAUUGUGUGUGAUUGGAAUAAAUAUCACUCUGAAAUCUGGUCAUAAGACUGUAAAUAGCUUGCUUAAUUCACAAAUGUAUAUGGAAUGAUGUAUUGUCAGCACAUAAAUGUAUCUUUUCUUGCA